GCUGAUCUAAAAAAUAAAACGCGUUUUUUCAAAUUACCGCAGCGGUGUGCAUUCAGUGUGCGUUUUAUCAAAGAAACCUCAGAGACGCAAAUUUUUCUUGAUAAGAAAAUUAUUCAAAACAGUGCGCGUGCUUUCAGAUUCGAAAGUGCUUUACUAUGUUGAUCAAACUGCAGAUGGCUACUGUUCGAUGCAUUAAACAGUAAGAGGCAUGGAACAAUUCCAUGAUAUGAGUGAUGGAAAUAUAAAUAUAAGUGAUGUCAUUGAAGUCAUCCAAACUACCGAUCCUGGGUUUGUGGAAUGUAGUGGAAAGGAGGAUCAACUGCCACUGGAAAUGAACACUGGGAGGUUAUUGCCAUAUGUUGAAAUAAUAGAACAGCCAGCAAGUAAAGCUUUACGUUUUCGCUAUGAAUGUGAAGGCAGAUCGGCUGGUAGUAUACCAGGAAUAAACAGUACACCAGAAAACAAAACAUUUCCUAGUAUAAGAAUAGUUGGAUAUAAAGGUCGAGCUGUAGUUGUAGUAUCAUGUGUAACAAAAGAUCAACCACACAGACCUCAUCCUCAUAAUCUUGUUGGAAAGGAAGCAUGUAAACGUGGUGUAUGUACAGUAGAAGUCUCAUCAGAAAAUAUGACAGUCACAUUUGCAAAUCUUGGUAUUCAAUGUGUUAAGAAAAAGGAUAUUGAAGAGGCACUUAAAAUAAGAGAGGAAAUUCGUGUAGAUCCUUUUCGAACUGGCUUCGAACACAAAAGACAACCUACUAGUAUUGAUCUAAAUGCAGUGAGAUUGUGCUUUCAAGUUUUCUUAGAAGGAGGACAAAAAGGAAAAUUCAAUGUGCCAUUACCACCAGUUGUAUCUGAACCUAUAUUUGAUAAAAAAGCAAUGUCAGAUCUUGUGAUAUGCAAGCUCAGUCACUCUAAUGCGUCGGUCGCUGGUGGUAUGGAAAUGAUUUUAUUAUGUGAGAAGGUUGCAAAGGAAGAUAUACAAAUUAGAUUUUUCGAGGAGAAGGAGGGGCAAGUGAUUUGGGAAGGAUUUGGUGAUUUUCAACCCGUUCACGUACAUAAGCAAACAGCAAUUGCAUUCAAAACACCCACAUAUCGCAUGCAGCAAGUGGAGCAACCGGUGCAAAUAUGCAUUCAACUGAAAAGACCGUCGGAUGGUGCGACGAGCGAACCAUUACCUUUUCAGAUGUUACCUCUUGGUGCAGAUGAUCCUGGUUCGUUAAGGCGAAAGCGACAAAAAUUUAAUAACAGCCCAAAUGCGCUAGUUUUGAGGCAUGUACAGACAGAAGCUGAGAAGCAUGCUGCAGCGUUAAAUCAACCGAUCCAAUACAAUUUUAAUAUCGUCAAAUCAGAAAAAAAAUCUCUGUACGGAGGCUCAGUCGGAAGUGGAGGAUCCUUUCCGUUAUAUUCUAUGGGAACCACUUCUCCACAACCGCAAUCUAGUAUGCAAACGUUGAGGCCACAAGUAUCGCCAGGUCGUGCAUCGCCGAUGGAGUACAGUCCAUACAACUCAGCACUUAUUCAAUCACAACCAUCACCGCAAUAUCAAUCAACAAGCAGUCAUAUCGUACAACAACCAUCAACCGGAACGUAUGCACAACAACAAUUUCCAUAUGUACAUGACAUAUUACAAGUACACCCGCAAGAACAAUUAGUGUUAAACAGAGUUACAUCAAACUAUCACGAAGAAUUUCAAUCGUUGGACAAUGCUGCAGGUGGAGUGGAAGGGGCAGAUGUCACAAGUGUUUUAGAUAUGGACAGUCGACAGUACAGUUUUGAUUUAAGUUUUAAUCAACUUGAUUCGACAGAACUCGCCGCUUUUGAUACCGCUCUUUCUGAAAAUUUAUCCAGUGGAUUAUCCAUUUCAGAUUCUACCAAGCCGGAAACGAACAAAGAGACAAACACAGGAUCAAGCAACAUCGAAGAAAGUAAUAACAUGACCGAUAGUUUUACAAGAAUUACUAAUAACACUAUUCAGGAACUGUGCACUUUAAAUAAUAUGUAUAAACCAACGCGGGAAGUUAACGACUGAAACAGCUGAAUAUUUUAUUGAUAUUGAUAUUGAUAACAUUGUAAAAAACAUGUUAUAUAAACAUUCUCUAAACAAAAAUUUCUUUGCAUGAAUACAUGUAUCAUGUAAUUAAUAUUUAAUUGGUUGUGAUUAUAUCGCAGUACAUUGCUGUACAAUCUUGUAAAAUACUUCUUUAAUCGAUAAUCAGCUUUAAACACUGCUGAUAUUUUUGUAUAAUUUUUAAAAAUCACUGUUUUCAAUAUCUUGAAUGGAAUAUUUAUCGAUUAAGUGAUAUACAAAAUGCUGUGACUGUGAUCAAAGUAUAUUGAAAUCUACAUGUUUUGACGUGCAUGCAAAGUGUCUGAAUAUGAAUUAUUGUAUAAAAUAAAACUCAUAGUUUUCAUAGAAGAAAAUACAGUGUAUUAUUGUAAUAAUAAUAUAUUGUAAGACAAUCUGCAUGCAAUAUUCGUACAAAUUAUUUAGUUAAAAUAAAUAUCCACAAACAUUAAUUUCUGUUAUAUCUCGUACGCUUAUACAAACGUUUGAUUUUUAUUCUUUACACAUUUAUGUUUACUACAAAUUUGUAAAUAUAUAUAUUUUGUAUUAGGAGUAAUAUCAGAACGUAUUGCUCUGCUCCUAACGUAUAUCCGAUUAAAAAAUUUUCAAUAAUACAUGUUCCGUCCAGGUACGUUGAUUUAUAUUUAAACUCUUUUGCCUUAAAUUUUAGUAUUAUAUAACUACGGUUACAUUCUGCCGUAGAUUUUAUACAUAUAAUAUUCAUGGUGUUUUAAUUUCCCGGUAUCCGAUGUAUCAUUACCUUAAAAUCAUUAUUACAGGAAUUAUUUUAUAAAUAAACAAUAUGUAUAUAUCAGAUAUAAAUAACAUUAUACUUAAGUACAUAUGUUUACUAUAUAUACAAUUACAUCUAAGAAUACAUUAUAAUUUUACAUACAAUUAUACGUGUAAAUAAACAUAGAUAUUGGAGUUCA